AACAUCUCUCCAUGAAUUGAUUGAUACCCUCCAAACCUCCACAGUCAAGCAGGAUUUUGGCGUCAAUAGAAAGAAUAUUUUCUAUACUAUUUUUUAUGAUCAAUUAAAUGUAUAAAAAUUAUUUUUUUGAGCAUCAUUUUUUUAAAAAAUAUAUUUAUUAAGAUAAUUUUUUUAUGAGAACCAAAUACACUCGACUCGUCUUGUUUCCGCAGUGGAGCUAACGUGUGCAAGCUAAUCUUUCAUGUAACUUUCAGGUAAUCCCACUUCGUACUCACUCCGCGGCAAGCUAGCUGCCAAAAUCAGAAUAAUUUUAAAUAAGGUCGUCUGCGGACGCGGUCAGCUCGCACUCCAACCUAACCGAAUGGGCACGCUGGCUUUUGGCAUUCAAGGGACGAAACGCUCGCGCUCUAUAUAAAAUCCCAGCUCGGUGCUGCUUUGAGGCACCAAGCCAUCCCAUUUCCUUCUUUCCACUACCCAACCGAGGAAAAAUGGCACCAUCCCGUCUUGCACAGUUCCUCCUCUUCCUCAUCCUUUCCUUAAUACUCUCCCGCUCCGACGCCGGGCGCAUCGCCAUCUACUGGGGCCAGAACGGCAACGAGGGCACCCUCGCCGAGACCUGCGCCACCGGAAACUACGCCUUCGUCAACCUGGCCUUCCUCUGCACCUUCGGCGCCGGCAGGACUCCGCAGCUCAACCUCGCAGGCCACUGCGACCCUUACUCCAGCGGCUGCACCGGCCUGAGCAGCGACAUCAAGUCCUGCCAGGCCAAAGGCGUCAAGGUCAUGCUCUCCAUCGGCGGCGGCGCCGGGGCCUACUCCUUGGCUUCCAAAGAUGACGCCGGGCAAGUAGCUCGAUACAUCUGGAACAGCUACCUCGGCGGGAAGUCCUCUUCUCGGCCUCUAGGCGAUGCGGUGCUCGACGGCGUCGACUUCGACAUCGAGGGAGGGAGCCCUGACCACUACGACGACCUGGCGAGGUCCCUCUCAGCUUACAGUACCAAGGGGAAGAAGGUCUACCUGACGGCGGCGCCGCAGUGCCCGUACCCGGAUGCUUGGGUCGGCGGAGCCCUCGACACCGGGCUCUUCGACUACGUCUGGGUGCAAUUCUACAACAAUCCACCAUGCCAGUAUUCGCCGGGGGCGGUGACCAAUCUGGAGGAUGCUUGGAAGCAGUGGACGUCGGGGAUCAAGGCCACCAAAAUGUUCCUUGGCUUGCCGGCGGCGCCGGAUGCGGCCGGGAGUGGGUUCAUUCCGGUCGGGGACCUCAAGUCUCAGGUGCUUCCGGCGCUGAAGAAGUCUACCAAGUAUGGAGGGGUGAUGCUGUGGUCCAAGUACUAUGAUGACCAGACGGGGUACAGCAAGGCUAUCAAGCCUGAUAUCUGAUUUGGAUUAGCUGUGCCUCUCUUGUUGGAUGCUACUGCUUUAGAAUCUGGGGAACUUAAAUACUGUGUGAAAUCUUAAGCUCAUGUAGUUUAUAUAUAUAUAUAUAUAUAUGUAGUGGGGUUGUGAUUGUGAGUGUUGGAGAUGGCCGGGCUGGGUGUGUUUUAUAUUCCUCAUGAAGAUAUUUAAAGUUCUUUGCACUUCCGUUUUGA